UGCCGCGCCGGUAGCGGUAAGCGGUUAACGGGUAGGACAUAAGUCAAUUGUGUACUUGUUGUACUGACUGCUGCAAUUUAUCAUUUUAAUAAACAUAAUUUGUAUCAGUAAUUAAAUAAACCAUUACUACACAUGCAAUGAAACGUAUGUUAGUUGUUUCUAUCGUAUACAUAGUAAUUUAACUGAAACAACAUGUCGCAAGUCGAAGAAACUGAAAAUGUGGAUGUUGGAGAAAACUCCAAUGGGUCAUCGAGCGAUACAACUUCAUCUAAGGGCAGGGAAGGCGAUUUCGAAAGUAAAAUUGAAACAGACCGUUCUAAGAGAUUUGAUUUUUUAUUAAAACAAACUGAGAUUUUUUCACACUUUAUGAGUAAUACUCCUAAAUCCGGUAGUAGUCCACCAAAAGCUAAAGCUGGAAGACCUAAGAAAAUCAAAGAACCCGAACUGGAACCAGGAGAUCACCGACAUAGAAAAACCGAACAAGAAGAAGAUGAAGAACUUCUAGCAGAAACAAAUACAAAGACCAAAUCAAUUUUUCGAUUUGAAUCAUCUCCACCAUACAUAAAAAAUGGAGAAAUGCGUGAUUAUCAAGUCCGUGGUCUUAAUUGGAUGAUAUCACUGUAUGAAAAUGGUAUCAAUGGUAUAUUGGCUGAUGAAAUGGGCUUGGGAAAAACUUUGCAAACAAUAUCUUUACUGGGUUAUAUGAAACAUUUCAAAAAUGUACCUGGGCCCCACAUUGUUAUUGUGCCAAAAUCUACACUGACAAAUUGGAUGAAUGAGUUUAAAAAAUGGUGUCCAUCACUUAGAGCUGUAUGUCUUAUAGGUGAUCAAGAAACAAGGAAUGCAUUUAUUCGCGAGACACUAAUGCCUGGAAACUGGGAUGUUUGCAUUACAUCUUAUGAGAUGAUAAUCAGAGAGAAAUCAGUAUUUAAAAAAUUCAAUUGGAGAUACAUGGUAAUUGAUGAAGCUCAUAGGAUAAAGAAUGAGAAGUCUAAGUUAUCGGAGUUGCUUAGAGAAUUCAAAAGUAUGAAUAGAUUGUUGUUGACUGGAACCCCCUUGCAGAACAACCUGCAUGAACUUUGGGCUUUGCUGAACUUUCUUUUACCAGAUGUAUUUAAUAGCUCUGACGAUUUUGAUGCCUGGUUUAACACAAACGCCGCCCUUGGUGAUAAUCAAUUAGUGACCCGCCUUCAUGCAGUUUUGAGACCAUUUCUGUUGAGACGUCUCAAGGCUGAGGUGGAAAAGAAAUUAAAGCCCAAGAAAGAAGUUAAGGUUUAUGUUGGAUUAAGUAAAAUGCAAAGAGAGUGGUACACAAAAGUUCUAAUGAAAGAUAUUGAUGUUGUGAACGGAGCUGGCAAAGUUGAAAAGAUGAGACUUCAAAAUAUUCUCAUGCAGUUACGAAAGUGUUGUAAUCACCCAUAUCUGUUUGAUGGAGCCGAGCCGGGACCUCCAUAUACCACCGAUGAACAUCUGGUUUACAACUGUGGCAAGCUGGCCAUACUGGACAAGUUGUUACCCAAGCUUCAACAACAGGAUUCCAGGGUUUUGAUCUUCUCACAGAUGACAAGAAUGCUGGAUAUUCUUGAGGAUUACUGCCUUUGGAGACAGUAUAAGUACUGUCGGUUGGAUGGUCAAACACCACAUGAAGACAGAAACAGACAAAUUGAAGAAUAUAAUGCUGUAGGCAGUGAGAAGUUUGUGUUCAUGUUGUCUACAAGAGCUGGUGGUCUGGGUAUCAACUUAACUUCUGCUGAUGUUGUGAUCAUUUACGAUUCUGAUUGGAAUCCUCAAAUGGAUCUGCAGGCUAUGGACCGGGCUCAUCGAAUUGGACAAAUGAAACAGGUUAGGGUUUUUCGGCUAAUAACGGACAAUACAGUUGAAGAAAAGAUUGUGGAAAGAGCUGAAGUGAAGUUACGGCUGGACAAAUUAGUUAUACAAUCUGGGCGACUUGUGGAUAUAAAGAGCCAGUUGAAUAAAGAUGAAAUGCUUAACAUGAUCCGACAUGGAGCCAACCAUGUGUUCUCGUCAAAGGAUUCAGAGAUUACUGAUGAGGAUAUUGACAGUAUAUUGGCUAAGGGUGAAAGUAAGACUGAGGAAUUGAAACAAAAAUUGGAGAGUCUCGGAGAGUCAUCACUGCGAGCCUUCUCAAUGGACACACCAGGCGCGACCACAGACUCUGUUUAUCAGUUCGAAGGUGAGGAUUAUCGUGAGAAACAAAAGAUCACACCAAUCGGCAGCUGGAUUGAACCGCCCAAACGUGAACGGAAGGCGAACUACGCCGUCGACGCGUACUUCCGGGAGGCGCUGCGAGUGUCGGAGCCCAAGGCGCCCAAGGUACAGGCACCAAGACCCCCGAAACAACCAAUUGUACAAGACUUUCAGUUCUUCCCGCCGAGACUCUUCGAACUUCUGGAUCAAGAAAUAUAUCACUACAGAAAAACAUUAGGAUACAAGGUACCACGGAACCCUGAACUAGGUCCCGACGCUGCCAAGAUUCAGCGCGAGGAGCAAAGAAAGAUCGAUGAAGCUGAGUCGCUCAGUGAAGCGGAGUUACAGGAGAAGGAACAUUUACUAACACAAGGGUUUACAAACUGGACUAAACGUGAUUUCAAUCAGUUUAUAAAAGCGAAUGAGAAAUAUGGAAGAGAUGAUAUUGAAAAUAUUGCUAAAGACGUUGAAGGAAAAACUCCGGAAGAGGUUAUUGAGUACUCAGCGGUAUUCUGGGAGAGGUGUCAUGAACUGCAAGACAUUGACAGAAUAAUGGGUCAAAUAGAACGCGGAGAAGCCAAGAUACAGAGAAGAGCCUCUAUUAAGAAAGCUUUAGAUGCUAAAAUGGCUCGAUACCGCGCGCCGUUCCACCAGCUCAGAAUCUCAUAUGGCACCAAUAAGGGGAAGAAUUAUGUUGAGGAAGAAGAUAGGUUCCUGGUGUGCAUGCUCCACAAGCUGGGCUUCGACAAAGAGAACGUGUAUGAGGAGCUACGCGCGGCCGUGCACGCCGCGCCGCAGUUCCGCUUCGACUGGUUCCUGAAGUCGCGCACCGCCGUCGAGCUACAGCGACGGUGUAAUACACUUAUUACUUUAAUUGAAAGAGAGAACCAAGAGUUGGAAGAAAAGGAACGAGCAGAAAAGAAAAAGAAGAGUGGGAAUCCCAACCAAAAUACACCGGGAGGAAAUAGUACAGGCAAGGGGGCAAAUGCCGGGAAAAGAAAGGCAGCAGAUAAUGCAACCGACUCAGCUCAGAAAAAUAAGAAAAAGAAAAAAUAGAUCAAAGGAUAAGAAACAUUUUUCGUAAUAUUCAUUUUUUUUACUCGUGUCAAGUGUUUUUUUUUAUUGAUUUAUCUUAAUAAGUAUUUCUUUAUUUUAUUAUUUUUAGCCUACAUUCCCUCUUUGUGAUGUAGAGUUGGUGUACGAGUGAUUAUAAUUUAUAAUUAAAAUUUCACAAAGUACACAAA